AUGGCAUUGGAACCUUCCUCUCCCAGUCACCAAAGCCUGAUGCCUCCAGAUAGCCCAAUGGAAGGGUCAGCCACGCCUCAAGCUACCGCGAAGGAUCCGAAGCAUCUCUUUGGCGUGCUUAAAAAGGUGCUGUUCGAUCUUACCAACCGAAACCCUCCAAAUACUCCUGUCUUCCAGGACCAUUCCCAACCAGGCCCCGAUAUAGUCCAACUGAAGCAACUGUUGGAGAAGGUCAUCCGCAAAAGACAUUAUUCAGCUGAGCCUCCCGUAGCAAAUGAGCCUUCUGAGCCUGCUCAGUCUUGCUUUUCCAGGAAUGAGCAGGCAGAGAACGCUCAGGCGGCGGAUGAGAUUGAUCUCGAAACUCCGAUCUACACUACACCGGAUGAUUUCAAAUCUUUUGAGAAAUGGGCAUCAAAAUCCCAAUAG